AUGGAAGAUAUCAAGAAGAAAGAUGUAAGUUAAGCAUGUUUCGAAGCUUCUCGGUUUGCAAAGGUUUCAUGUUUUUAAAAUUUUCAAAUUAAAAAAUUGAAAUUUUACGCAAUUUUUAAUGUAAUAUUUUAAUUUCAGACCUCAUUAAUGGCUGACUUACAUGCCCUUAACUCUGGUUUAAAGUUGGUUGUAUCGUGGCAAGCUUCUCAAGGUGUAGAACAAUGUCGUCUUGGCUGCGGUGGUCAUGGUUAUACAUGCGCUAGUGCUCUACCACAAAUCUACGGCCUUGUGGUCGGUGGAUGCACUUACGAAGGUGAAAAUUUGGUCAUGUUGCUGCAGUUGGCAAGGUAAAAUAUAUUAUUUUAUACGAUUUUUAAGAUGAAUCAGAGAAAAUCGUUUAUUUAAAAAACUGGAAUUUGUCAUAAAGUUUGUUAAUCUCAUUGUUUUAGAUACCUAAUGAAGUUAGCCCCACAAAUGGUAGCAGGUCGUCCAACCAGCAAAGUCAGUGAAAUUGCCGAGUACCUAUUUGACAAAAAGUCUAACAAGUCAAGUUUGAACAAGAGCCAAAACCGUGAACAACAAUGGCAGUCAGUUCAAGAUGGAUUCGAACAUGUAGCUCGUCGUCUCACGCUGCAAGCCUAUCACAAGUUGACGUCAUUCCAGAAGAAAGGAUACCCACAAGAAGUGGCUAGAUCUAAGGUUGGCUUGGACUUGUCUCGUGCUUCGAAAGCUCAUUCACGAACAUUCUUGACCAGAAACUUCAUCAACACCGUGAAAAAAGAGGAUUCAUGGGCUAUCAAGGAAGUAUUGAGUGAUUUAUUGCACUUGUACCUUCACUAUGAAAUGCAGGAUUGUCGUGCUGACCUUUUCGAGGAUGGAUACUUGAGGUGAGGAAAAGGUUUAUAGGUUUUUUAUAAAAAUUUUGGUUUGUUUUUAUCUAAAUUCUUUAAAAUUUGAAAAUUUUGUUAACAAUAUCAACCUAAUAAGUUAAAAACGACAACUUUUAGUCACGAACAAGCUGAAAUCUCUCGUGACGAACUGAACAAAGCACUAGAAGCAGUACGGAAAAACGCCGUAAACUUGAUGGAUUCUUUUGACUUCCAAGACCGUGAACUGAACUCUCAACUCGGCCGAAAAGAUGGCCAAGUUUAUGAAAACUUAUGGAAAUGGGCUCAAAAUUCGGAAAUCAAUAAACAUCAGGUACUGCCAUUCCAUCAUGAGACUAUUGGCAAAUUGAUGAAGGAGCAACAACUUCAGAGCAAACUUUAA